AGCAGUAGUAGUAGUAGUAGUAGUAGUAGUAGUAGUAGUAGUAGUAGUAGUAGUAGUAACAGUAGUAGUAGCAGCAGUAAUAACAGUAGCGGCAGUAGUAGUAGUAGCAGUAGUAGUAGUAGUGGUAACAGUAGAAGUAGCAGUAGUAGUAGUAGUAGUAGCAGUAGUAGUAGUAGUAACAGUAGUAGUAACAGCAGUAAUAACAGUAGCGGCAGUAGUAGUAGUAGCAGUAGUGGUAACAGUAGUAGUAACAGUAAUGGCAGUAGUCGUAAGAGUAGUAGUAACAGUAGAAGUAACAGUAGUAGUAGUAGUAGUAACAGUAGCAGUAACAGUAGUAGUAACAGUAGUGGCAGUAGCAGUAGUAAUAACAGUAGUGGCAGUAGUAGUAGUAGCAGUAGUAGUAGUAGUAGUAGUAGUAACAACAGUAAUAACUGUAGCGGCAGUAUUAGUAGUAGUAGUAGUUGUAGUAGUAGUAGUAGUAACAGUAGUAGUAGCAGCAGUAAUAACAGUAGCAGCAGUAGUAGUAGUAGUAGUAGUAGUAGUAGUAGUAGUAGUAGUAGUAGUAGUAGUAACAGUAGUAGUAGCAGCAGUAAUAACAGUAGCGGCAGUAGCAGUAGUAGUAGUAGUAGUAGUAGUGGUAACAGUAGAAGUAGCAGUAGUAGUAGUAGCAGUAGUAGUAGUAGUAACAGUAGUAGUAACAGCAGUAAUAAC